AUGGCAGAUACAGCAAUAAAAAGCGAAGAAGAGAAGAAAGAGUAUUUCGAUACUCCAGAAGUACUAGAUUAAAAGGUUGAGAUGCUGGCUCUCUGGAUAAAAAGCUCAGAACACUUUGUAGCUUUUACUGGUGCAGGUAUUAGCACUUCUGCUGGUAUUCCAGAUUUUAGAAGUGGAGCAAACACUGUCUUAUAAACAGGUCCAGGAGUCUGGGAAAAGGCUGCUUUCAAAGAGGCUGCUUCCAAGAAGGGAGUUGUGAGAACCAAUAUUCAAAAGGCUUAUCCGACCUCUACACAUAUGGCAUUUGUAGAAUUACAGAAUAGGGGACACCUAAAGUUUUUAAUUAGUUAAAACGUUGACGGUUUGCACAGAAAAAGUGGGAUCCCCCCUGAAAGUAUCUCUGAGCUUCAUGGCAACACAAAUGUUGAGAUAUGCACCAAGUGUGAAAGAGAAUUUUUAAGAGACUACAGAGUGAGAAACGCUUAAUAAGUACAUGAUCACAAGACAGGAAGGAAAUGCGAUGAUCCUACGUGCAGAGGAGAUUUAAUUGACACAAUUAUAAACUUCAAGGAGGUAAAUUUUACUCAUGUACUAAAUCAUACGUAGAAUUUAAGAGAGAAAGAUCUUGACCUUGGAUUUGGGCACUCUGCAGAAGCAGAUUUGCAUUUGGUCAUGGGAAGCAGCUUAAGAGUAACUCCAGCUGCUGAUAUGCCAAUGACAACUGUCUCAAAAGGAGGAAAAUUAGUCAUUGUCAAUUUGCAAAAAACACCAGCUGAUUAUGCUGCAGCUUUGAUUAUAAAUGGUAGAUGUGACGAUGUAAUGAGACUUUUGAUGAAGAAACUUGGCUAUGAUAUUCCAGAAUGGAGAUUAUAGCGCAGAUUCUAGGUUUCCCUUGAAUAAAGAAAAUCAGGCGAUUUAAUUCAGGUCAGAGGUGUAGAUGUAAACCUUUCCCCCUACUCCUUAUUUACAAAAGUCGAGGCUAAGGAUGCCUAGGACAAGGGACUCUACACUGCAGCAAAAAAAGAGCCCUUUGAAGUGCGCUUGCCAGAUAAUUGUGAGGAUUUAAAGAUAAAACUGCAUUUCUAAGGUCACUACGAAGAACCUACAUACUUACUCAAUCUAGAUAUGAAAGAGUUCAGAGAUAACAACUACCUCAUGACUUAUUUGAUGGUCUUUAAUCCUGCUGAAAAGGUGUGGGAGUUCUGUGUGCCUAUCUGA